GUCAUUGCUGAGGAGAAGACAGGUUAAACUGUCCCUGGUUCAUGAGAGAAUGAUCAUCGCCAAAGUUCAACGUGUUGUCAUUGUUCUGAUUGCAGCUGACACAAAUUCUGAAUGAAAUGGUCACGAUCUACAGCACAGGAAUAGUCUGCGAUCCAGCUGAACCCAGUCACUGCAUGGAAUUGGAGCCAGGGUUGACCGUUCUGAUGGCCGAGAGCAAGGAUUACAACGAGAGGCUCUGGGCCUGGGAAGGUUGGCGAGUGAACGUGGGCAAAAGACUCCGGCCACUCUAUGAGGGAUACGCAACUUUGAAGAACAAAGCAGCCAGAUUGAAUGGUUACGAAGACUAUGGCGAUUAUUGGCGAGGAAACUACGAAACCGAUGACAUUGGGGUGUACGCCUACAGUCGGAAUGAUCUCCUGAAAGAUGUGGAUAGGCUACUUGAAGAGAUAAUGCCCCUGUACAAGGAACUGCAUGCGUAUGUGAGAGCAAAACUCCGAGAUACCUUUGGGCCAGAACGUAUCAGCUCUACAGGAUGUCUCCCCGCUCACUUACUGGGUGACAUGUGGGGAAGAUUUUGGGGAAACCUGUAUCCUUGGUCAAUUCCAUACCCAGACCAGGAAGACAUCGAUGUGACAUCUGAAAUGAUGAAACAGGGAUGGGAUCCGAAACAAAUGUUUCAGAGGGCAGAUACCUUCUUUCAAUCAUUGAGCCUUCAGCCUAUGAAUCAGAACUUCUGGAAGUAUUCCAUGAUUGAGAAGCCUACUGAUGGCCGUAAAGUUGUCUGUCAUCCAACGGCGUGGGAUAUGGGCAACAGAGUGGAUUUCAGGAUUAAAAUGUGCACCAAAGUGAACAUGGAAGACUUCCUAACUGUCCACCAUGAAAUGGGUCACAUACAGUACGACAUGGAGUACGCUAACCUACCCUACUUAUUACGCGAUGGGGCCAAUGAAGGCUUCCAUGAGGGUGUUGGGGAGAUCAUGUCACUCUCAGCAGCAACUCCCAAAUAUCUGAAAUCACUGGGUCUUCUUUCCAGUUCUUUCAUUGAAACAAAUGAGAUUGACAUCAACUUCCUGUUGAAGCAAGCACUGACUAUUGUGGGUACCCUGCCUUUCACAUACAUGAUGGAGCAGUGGCGUUGGGAAAUGUUCCGAGGAAACAUACCCAAAGAUCAGUGGAUGAAAAAGUAUUGGGAAAUGAAGUAAGUAUUUGACUCUGAGCUGUGAUUAAUAA